GGGCCGGCGCGCGUCCGGCGGGUCCCCAGUGCUCAGUUCCCUGUGCGCGUGCGCAUGGAACGCGGGGACAGCCGGGGCAUGGCCCCAGAUCGGGGUCUGGUCUCGGCGAGACAGAGGCCAUGGCAGGAUCCUGGGACAGGGACUCAGGUGGGGGAUCCUGGCCUCGGUCCCGUCCGAGCCCGCCGCUUCCUGCUGUGUCUCUACGUGGUGGGCUUCCUGGAUUUGUUGGGUGUCAGCAUGGUCGUCCCUUUACUGAGCCUUCACGUCAAGUCUCUGGGAGCAAGUCCAACCGUGGCUGGGAUAGUAGGCUCCUCCUAUGGCAUUUUACAGCUCUUUUCCAGCACAUUGGUGGCGAUGAUGUUUUUUUGAAAGAGAGAACCUCGCCCAGGACCUCAGGACAUAAAACAAGUCAGUCUGGAGUUGAUGCAGGUGGACUGGGCUUGUCAGGCUUCUGUCCCUCUGCUCAGAAAAGAGCGCUUCUGAGGCACAGAAGGGAACGAGGCUGACCACCCUCCACCGUCCAAUGUCUGAGGGGCUCCUGGAGCCCUGGCAUGGCCACCCCGAGCCCAACGGCUGCGCAGUGUGCAGUGGAGGAAUGUUCAGAGCAGAGGAACGAAGGGGCUGCUGGAGUGACGUCGUGGGAAGACGGCCUUCCUUGCUGGUGUGCCUUCUGUGCAGCGCCCUGGGUUAUCUCAUUCUUGGAACAUCGACCAACGUGUUCCUCUUUGCCCUCGCUAGGGUCCCUGUGGGUAUUUUUAAGCACACACUCUCCAUCUCAAGGGCCCUGCUCUCUGAUCUGGUCACCGAGAAGGAGCGGCCACUGGUGCUCGGCCAGUUCAACACGGCAUCUAGUGUGGGCUUCAUCCUGGGCCCUAUGGUUGGAGGGUAUCUGACAGAACUGGACGGUGGAUUUUAUCUAACAGCCUUCAUCUGCUCUUCUGUCUUCGUCCUCAAUGCGGGUCUCGUUUGGCUGUUUCCGUGGACCGAAGUACAGCCCAAUGCGCAGAACGAUGGCCUGGGACAGGGGAAGAAUCGAGCACUGUGGGGAAAGUCAGACUCUGCCGUACCAGCAGGGACUACAGCGGGUGACAGGACAGCCGGGCCGCCCUGGGGAGAGGUCUUGGCCACGCUGCAGGGCCUGAAGAGCCUGACGCGCCCCGGCCUGUGGGACGUGUAUCUGAUGCGCUUGCUGAUGGCCGUGGCAGUCAUGCUUUACCACAGCAACUACGUCCUGGCCCUGGAGGAGCGCUUCGAGGUGAGGCCCAGGACAGCAGGCUACCUCAUCAGCUGCAGCAGCGCCCUGGGGGCCCUGUCGGGCUGCGCCCUGGGGCCGCUCCUGCGCCUGUACAGUCACUCCUCGCAGCGGGUCCUGCUGCACUCCAGCGCGCUCACAUCUGCGCUGCUGCUGCUCUUCUCCACCGCGCGCAGCGUGGGCGUGGCUGUCGCCUGCUCCUUGCUCCUGGCCUUCUCCACCUCCAUCGGCAGGACAUGCCUCACCGACCUCCAGCUGACUGUUGGUGGCGGUGCGCGGGCUGGCGGCACCCUCCUGGGCUUGGGGCAGUCUGUGACGGCCGUGGGUCGCAUCAUCGCCCCCCUUCUGUCCGGGGUGGCCCAGGAGCUCAGCCCCUGCGGCCCUCCUGGUCUGGGUGCUGCGUUAGCCUUAGUGGCUGUCGUCAUCAUGUCACUACACAGACCUCACUCUGGUGGUGACAACAGGGACGCUAAGUUAAAAAGAGAGUAGCUGGAUCUGGAUAGGACGAAGGGGCGAGACCAGCGGUCUGUGAACGGCAGCACAAGUGCUGUGGAAAGGGUCAGAAAGUUCUUUGCAACAGGCGGUGCUCCGCCGGGCGUCCAUCAGGCCUGUGGGAGGAGCAGAAUCCACAGUACACAGGAGAUGCGAGCUGGGCUUUGCCGGAGGGGGAGGUGUGCAGUGUUUUCCUAAGACUCUCUUCUCCUGGCCCAGCGAGGUUAGCAUUUUCAAGGGGACGAAAAGCUGCCCAGGGCAAGACAGGGAGGUGAUGGGGAGGCUAACAGAACGUUUGUGAAAAGGAGGUGACUGCAGGGAUGACCCUGCUGAGUAAAAACAGGGUUACCGGUGAAUAACACUCUUUUCAGCUGAGCAUAGGUGUCAGGUUCAGUUCCACUGCUGAAAGGAUCCUCUUCUGCUGUCCAAGUCCCUGAGAUUAAAGAAGCUGCUUUAUUAAAACCAGCCUGUCGCUUUCUCAAGUCAUAACGAGGUUCUGUCCAGGGAGCUGGUGAGAACCCAGAUGCCUGGCCUCAUCCUGGGAGACAGAGCCUGUGAGCAUUGGCGAGGUGCAGAAACCUGGUGCUUUUAAUGAGCUUCUCAUGGCGGUAGAAAAAGGAUCAUCCUGAGACCUCCCGGUUUUGAUUAAAGUAAAAGCCAGAGACUUCGUGGUUUUUAUUUUUUCAUUAUUUAUUUAUUUUUUUAGGGCUGCACUUGGGGCAUAUGGAAGUUCCCAAGCUAGGGGUCAAAUUAGAGCUACAGCUGCUGGCCUACACCACAGCCACAGCAGCAGGCCAGGGAUUGAAACUUCAUCUUCAUUGAUACUAGUUGGGUUCAUUUCCACUGCACCACAAUUGGGAACUCCAGUUAUUUUUAUUAGUAUCUAAUCAGUUCGGACUGUCUGUUAAAAUUGUGUGAUCACUGUUAGGCUUGCCCCAGCUCUCGGCAGUUACACUCUACACCAGAAGAGCUGGGCUUCAGGGCCUCUUCCCUGUGCCUCUUGCCCCAGAGUGCCCCCUGCCCUCCACCCUGCCAAGGGCCCAGCCCAGCAGUGACCACAUCUCCCUGGCACUUCUGCUUCCAGAAGCAGUGCUCAGCUGGGCUUCCUCUGCCAGGUGGUGAGAACCCCACAGAGAAGCCAAGGCUGUUCAGGUGGGCAUCUUAUUCAGCACCAGAGAGUCUGGGGUCAGAGGCCCCAUCCAGUUCCACAGAGUCUCGUGUUGAAAGUCAUCUCCUUUCUUUCAUCUUAACAUCACUUCUGGGGACUGAAGAGCUAUGUGGACCUACAGGGAAGGUUUCGGGUCUUUCCCCAGGUCUAGGCUGCCCUGCUGUUCGAAAAGCAGUGCCCAGGGGCCCUGGGGAGGGUUAGCAUGGAUACAAAGGAGGCUCCACAAGUCAUGGGCACUUUGGGUGACAUCAGUUAUUGGUAAAAAUGGUUUAGGGGGUCCCUCUCUUCCUUCACAGACCCGCCAAAGCUCAGCUUCCUUCCAGCCCCCUUAAUUAGUUCACUAGGAUAGUAUUUCCUUUGUCAACCUCUGUAUAACUGCAAAUGAUACUUUAAUACACCCACUUAUUAUAACCUUAAUACUUAACACACGUAGAGCAGGAAAAAAAAAAUGUUUCCACAGUUUUAGAAUUUGUGUGUCAGGUAAACUCAAUUAUUCCUGACCAAGCAAUUUUCACCAAGUUUGAAAAUUGUCCUUUUUUUUUCCCCAUCUAGCUACAAGAAAAAUAAUUAACAUCUCAUUAAGUGUCAUAAUGAUGAACCAUUAUACAAGUAUUAAGAGCUUUUGAGGAAACCAAAAUAUGAUAUAAAACGGCCUCGCUGUCAGGGAGCUUAGAGCAUUGUCAUGGACAUUAGACUCAAAGGGACCAGAUGUAAUUGAGGGUUUGUGCACUGAGGGAGGAUUUCAGAGGAAUGUUUCCAAAGAUUGUCUUUUCUUUACUCUCAGAAAUGAGACAGGUUCCUUAGAAACUCUUAAGUAGAGGUCUUUUUAGAAGUUCCUGCUGUGGCGAAAGUGGGUGGAUGAUCCGGCCUAUCUCUAUGGUGGUGUCCUUUGAUCCCCAGCCUGGCGUUUCUGCAGCUGUGGUGUAGGCCGCAGCUGUGGCUCAGAUUCAUUCCCUGGUCCAAGAACGUCCAUAUGCCGUGGGUGCAGCUGAAAAAGGAAAAGAAAAAAUAAAUACGGACUUUUUAUUUUUAUUGCUUUUUUUUAGGGCCACACUUGCAGCAUAUGGAAAUUCCCAGGCCAGGGAUUGAAUCAGAGAUACAGCUAGCUGCUAGCCUACACCACAGCCACAGCAAUGCCAGAUCCGAGCCGCAUCUGCAACCUACACCACAGCUCAUAGCAAUGCUGGAUCCUUUAAACCACAGACCCAGACCAGGGAUCAAACUCAUGUCCUUAUGGAUACUCGUCAGGUUCAUUUCCACUGACAGGAACUCCAACAUUUUUAUUUUUUAAAUCCUAGCACUUUAUAUUUGAAGUUAGAUAAAAGCUUGUAAACUUAAUGAGGCUUUAUAAUGAACCAGACACCCGGAAAUACUGAGAACCUUAAAGGCUGAUCUUACUAAGAGAGGAGAGACACAUUUUUCUUAUUUUCCACUAUUGAUUUUAGUAUUUUGCUCAGGUGAUUUUUUUUGGAUAAAUAUUUUCUUAUAGUUUCUCUUAAAAUAGUCUACUACAUUGCUACUCAGAGUGUGGGCCAGGGCCCAGCAAUGUCACAUCUGGAGCUCCUCAGACAGGCAGAGGCUCACCCACCCCAGCAGAAGUACCUUCACAAGACACCCUGCUGCUUUGUUUGCACACUAAACUUGGAAAACUACUAGUCUGAUGGACAGUAUUGGUAUAGUUGAUGGACUAUGACCUCAGGGAAAUUAAAUCUGCCCAGAGUUGGUGAUGUUUUUGUUUUUUUAAAUUCUCUUGAGUAGGAACUUCUGUAAUCUUUUCCAAAGUGUUAGGUUGAGCCACAUGAAAUUGCUAUUUUUGUAAGUCAAAAAUAUCUGAAGUUACAUCUGGUUCAACUUACUGUUAAAUGGAAUCUUCCUUAGAGGCAUUGAACUUGGCCUGAAAAGUUUAUAAAGGAAAUGGCCCUCUUUCCACUGUCCUGCCAGCCACCGCCAGUAAGUGCUGUGAAGCAGCCCAGGCUUGGGGUUCUCCAGUCUCAGAAAGCCUUGGCCUCUUCCGAUUGGAAGGUGCACCUCUGCUCAUGUCCAGAGGGUGGAGCAAAGAGCAGCAAAGGAGUAGGGUAGUCCCCACAUAACACCUGCAAGGCACCAGGCCUGGGGUCUGGAGAAAGUUAUGCCUGGAGCAAGAUGAAGGAUCAAGAACCUGUGCUUCUCUGCCCGGCUGUACAUUAGUCACCUGAUGCCCAGAGCCUCCCCUAGACCUCAGGAGCCCCAGGUGCCCAGUGCAUGUCCAGGGUGGAGCAUCAUGGGGUUAGAUCAUGAAGGGCUCACCUGCCAUGCUCAGGGGUGACCUUGGGUGCCCAUGGACGACAAGGAACCCUAAUCAUCCAUGCUGGGAGUGCUCCAAGGACCUUCACGUUUUAGAAAGACCCUCUGGCUGCAAGAAAAGGAUGAACUGGUAGCCAGGAAAGGAGCAGUCUGGACUUGGGGGCAAUAAUCCAGAGGAACAGAGGAAGAGGUGGUGGUGGGACUGGAGGGAGCAGGUCGAGGAAAUCUCAAAGGCGUCAGGGAGGCCCUGGUGUCUGGUCUGGCAGAGCUUAGCCAGCUUAAAGGGGCUGGUCUGAGUGUCCAGCACAGUGCCCGGGCUGUUACCUGGCCAGGAACACCUGUGGGCAUUUAAGGGCCCUUUGUGGAACAUUUAGAACAUUAAAAAGGCAUUUUUUCCUAAGGACAUUUCUAUAAGAUAUUUAGAAAUCUGUUGGGGAUGAGAGGCAGCCCACUUCAGGGAAAUUUUGAGGUAUUUGGGCAACUGUAGUGAGAGAAGAGUGUUUUAUUUAAAAUGCAUGGUGGGAGUUCCUGUUAUGGCUCAGUGGUAAUGAACCCGACUGAUAUCCAUGAGGACUUCGUUUUGAUCCCUGGCCCUGCUCAGUGUGUUAAGGGUCCCGAGUUGCUGUGGCUCUGGCGUAGGCCGUCAGCUACAGCUCCAAUUAGACCCCUAUCCUGGGAACCUCCCAUAGCCACGGGAGCAGCCCAAGAAAUGGCAAAAAGACAAAAAAAAAAAAAAAAAAAAAAAGAAAAGAUUUGCACAGAUCUAGCUAGGAUGAUGUAUAAUACAGCUCUUCGUGGAACAGGGUGAUAGGUUGAAAAAA